AUGGAGUGGAAUUUCCGUUUUUCAUUUUCUACUACUCAUGUGAUGAUUCUCUGUCUCUCGCUCUUCCUAUUCACCAGCUUCUAUGCUGCAUCUGCUUCUUCCGCUUUCAUUUCAGAUGGGAUCUUUGGGUCUGACGCUUCGACCGGCCGGAACCUUCUUCAGGCCAAGACAGCAUGCCCGGUUAACUUUGAGUUUCAGAACUACACAAUCAUCACUAGCCAGUGCAGAGGGCCGCAUUACUUACCCCAACCAUGCUGCGAUGCUUUUAAAGAAUUUGCUUGUCCUUUCGCGGACGAGCUGAAUGAUUUAUCGAAUGAUUGUGCCUCAACCAUGUUUAGCUACAUCAACCUCUAUGGGAAGUACCCACCGGGCCUUUUUUCCAGCGAGUGCCAGGAGGGGAAACAAGGGCUUGCAUGCCCUGCAUUAGCACCAACAGAAUCAGCAAAUGACAGUGGGAGUCAUAAGAUAUCUAAUACCUCCCCUCUGCUAAUGCUCACAGGAGUCUUGCUAGUGUUGUUAUGGUGGUUGUUUUGA